AUGACGUCACGGAAAAUGUUAACGAAUUUGAUCAGUUAUCGCUUGUUUAUUUUAACAAUUUGCUUUAACAAUUUCCAAAGUACCUGGAAAGAUCCGCAUUUAAAAUGGAAACCCCUAGAGUUUGGUGGAAUUAAAGAAAUUGUAAUAAGUGCCAAAAAUAUAUGGCUACCUGACAUUGCACUUUAUAACAGUGAUCACCAGUUUCGUCCCUUGAAACUGAGUGUUGUUCGACCAACAGUAUAUUAUGAUGGAGACGUUUCUGGUAGUAUUCCUAUUAUGCCAAAAACCACAUGCAAAGUUAACGUAGAAGAUUAUCCGAUGGACACACAGAAAUGUAACAUGGUAUUUGGUUCGCUGACACAUCAUUCGAUAGAGAUACGAAUAAAGAGCUUGAAGAAGAAAUUUGAUCUGAAAUCAUACAUAAUAAAUGGUCAAUGGAAAAUUAUUGGGACUUCGUUGGAAGAGAAAUUGGCGCCGUUACAUAACAGUUCAGAGAACUUUUACCAAGUAGUAUUCACUCUUAAUCUUCGCCGCCGUGUUCUGUACUACAUGAUGUACUUGAUCAUACCUGGCACCUUGAUUGCUCUCUUAGCUUCAAUCAUAUUUGUCCUUCCUCAAGAUUGUAGUGAACGGAUCACUGUCGGAAUGGCAAUUCUUGUCGCCCUGUCGUUUUUCUUCUUGUUGGUGUCAGAAAACAUGCCAGCAACAGGAAGCAUUUCAGCCAUUGCAGGAUAUUAUGCCGUAACAAUGGUUCAAAUGGCUAUAUCUUUCUUCCUUAACGUUCUUAUUUUACGAUUCCAUCACAUGACCGAGGAAAAAGUUCCAAAUUGGAUCAAGAAAUACAUCUUGCAUCAUGGAGCCAAACUCCUUCGAAUGAAAUUUCGACCCAAGAAUGAUGGAAAAGAAAAUCUGAAAGGGCGAAUUAAAUGGUCGGGAUUAAUGGAACGCUUUUGUUCAAAAAUGGUAAAAAAAAAGACAAAGCGAAAUCUCGACGAAAUUACUAUAUUAAAUAAUUUUGACAAACCAAUCAAGCAUUUCUUCGAAACAAAACGAGAAAUGGCAGCGAGAGAUGAAGAGUGGAAAAAAGCAGCUGAGGUACUCAACAAUUUCUCGCUGAUUUUUCACAUCCUGGGAGUAACGCUCACGUUUGGAUUGCUUUUCUUGGAAUAUCUAUUCACAUAGACGCAAAUUAUUGGAAUUCAUCUACC